CACCAAACCCCAAUUUCCCUCACAAAUUCAAAUGGCGCCCAAAGCCGACAAAAAACUCGCGGAGAAGAAACCCGCCGCCGCCGCGGAGAAACCUGCCGACGAGAAAGAGAAGAAAGCAGAAGUAGCCGAGAAGGUCCCCGCCGGCAAGAAACCUCGUGCCGAGAAGCGCGUUCCGUCCUCGAAGGAGGGCGACAAGAAGAGGAAGAAGAGGGCUAAGAAGGGAACUGAGACAUACAAGGUUUACAUCUUCAGGGUCUUGAAGCAGGUCCAUCCAGAUAUCGGAAUCUCGAGCAAGGCGAUGAGCAUCAUGAACUCGUUCAUUAACGAUAUAUUCGAGAAGCUAGCCCAUGAGGCCUCUCGCCUCGCUCGUUAUAAUAAGCAGCUAACAAUCACCUCCAGGGAGAUCCAGACUUCGGUUCGCCUCGUUCUUCCUGGUGAACUUGCUAAGCAUGCCGUUUCUGAGGGUACCAAGGCUGUUACUAAGUUUACUAGUUCUUAGAUUUCGGUGGCUUUUUGAUGAUAUGAAAUGUUUUGUCACUAUGGUUUUGGUAAUGAUCA